GGAGAAUAAAAUAACUCAUAGCUGUUUUCUUUCUGUAUUAAGUACCGUUCAAUUCCUUCAAUUAAAGAACAGCAUACGUUCUUUAAAGUUUUAUGUCAUAGGCUAUUUAGUGGUCCUAGUGGGGGUCCCGUAUAUUUCUGUCCAAUGACAUCAUUUCAAUUGUCUAGCUGCCAAGAUUUGUGUCCCCUGAACCCAGAUUAUUGGGAAGGUUUCGCUAGCAUUAAGGUCAGAACCUUGAUCCUUUCCCGAAACUGUUCAAUCGCCGCGCAUAAUUAACAAAAUGGAACCGAAUGAAAACAAUCUCACCAACUCGUCUACCAGAUCGUCCUAUUCUCCUAAUAUCCUUUCAAUCCCACUGCUUGACUAGUGGAAAUAUAAUAAUGUUGCGUCGACGUUGAAGUCCCGCCGCUGUUUUAGUCGAAGUUCUAUUACAAGUUCGACGAAAUAAUAUCCUUCUAUGGAGGAGCUUCGAGUCAACAUUUGUCGCAUACGUUUCUCCAAAUUGUUUUCGAUUCAAGAACCUCUUUAUCAUGAUUAAUUAGCAUUGUCGCAUUUAUAAUAUCGCCAUUCUUAGUCCUCAACCAUGUCGCGACCCGUCUCGCGCGCGUCCUCGAACAGCACGGCGACCGAAAGAUUCCCCGACGUGCCAGAUACCGAAGUUACAGCGCCGCCGUCAUUGCCCGAACUCGCUCAUACCAACAGCGAUGCAUCUGCUAUAUCCCCAACCACAAACGAUACCAGGGCUAGAGUACGAUAUGCAGUGAACGUCGACACUUCGUCGGUAUCUCAACCAGCACAACUCUUCUCUCCCCUAUCUCCUACCGCCGGGCUUCGACGACGUACAACUCGAUCCAAUACAUUCAUGACCCUCGAGGAAUUCGAAGACUUCGAAGCGCAACCGGGAUGGAAGCCAGGUGCUGAGCCUGGUUUCGACCCUUCGAAACCAGAUGGCGGGCAAGAGACAAUACCAGACCUACACGCCGUAUGUCAGAUUACGGUUGUUGAUUUCUCGCAAGACAACCUACAAGUUCACGAAUUAGACAACAAUCAGCUCAUUGAUUUCAUCAAAGAGCCGCAACCUGAUUGGGUAAAAUGUCGGUGGAUUAAUGUUAAUGGUCUGUCGUGGGAUGUUAUAAGCGCUCUGGGGAGGUACAAAGAUUUACAUAGGCUGGCGAUUGAGGAUACCAUGAACACAAGGAACCGUACCAAAGCCGAUUGGUACGCUAAUCACGCAUUCAUCAUUCUGACAUGUCAGAAAUUGGUACGCCUCGUUGAAGAUGACAGCAGCAGUGACGAUGAGAGCGACGAUGCUCGAAGUGUGAAGAGCAAUAAAAGCCUUAGGUCGAUGAAGACUGUAUCGAAGAAAGCUCGACGAUGGUUCGGCAGGAAGAAGGUUGAACAUCCCACGACCACCGCCAUGCUGGAAAAGGGCAUCAAACCGCCUCUAACCCCCGGACACAGCUUUACGCACCAACCGACGGGCUAUUCCGACGUCUUCAACCCCAAUACACUGUGUACCUUACAGAGGUAUCAUGCUUCGCCAAACACUGCCAGAACGGAGUAUAUGGAGAAGAACUCAGCCCUGGCCGCAAGAGGGGUAGCAGUUAUGGCGGAGCAAGUUGCUAUGUUCAUUACCUCAGAUAACACAGUCAUCGCCUUUUUCGAACAAUCAGCCGACGAUGUUGAGAAGCCUAUUCUUGCCCGAUUAGCCAGCCCGACUACUAUUCUUCGACAGUCAUGCGACGCCUCAAUGGUUGCACAAGCCAUAAUUGAUGCGAUAAUUGACAUGGCCAUUCCCGUCACAGCAUGUUACACUGACGUUGUUGGCGACCUCGAACUUGAUGUAUUAACGCAUCCUAGUGUUAAGCACACUAAGAAUCUUUAUAUCAUCAUCUCAGAAGUCAACAAAAUGUUCAGUCUCGUCAAUCCGAUCCAGACUCUCAUUAACGCGCUCCGCGAUCAUAAGACGAAACUGAACCAGGAAGAUGCGACGCGGGAGUUACAGAAUCCUCUUGGAGGCGUUAUUAUUUCGCCUAUGACGUACACAUACUUGGGCGAUGUGUAUGAUCACUGUGUUCUUAUCACAGAAAAUCUUACCCAGAUCAAGGAGACGGCCAACCAUAUGAUCGACCUAAUAUUCAACACGAUUGCCACAUACCAGAAUGAGAGCAUGAAGCAGCUCACAGUUGUCACCAUCCUCUUUUUACCUAUGACAUUCUUGACCGGUUACUUCGGUCAGAAUUUCACUGACUUCCCGGCUACCCAACAAUCUGUCAAUUCCUUUUGGUGGAUAGCAAUCCCGGUCGCAGCAGCAACAAUCGUAAUAAUGAUGCGUGAGACGCUGUUCGAAUGGUUUAACAGAAUCUCCCAACGCCGCCAUAUUCUCGGCGCCAGGAAGAAACGCGAGGAGAAAAUCGCCCGUGCAAAGAAGAGGAGGUCGCAUACUUGGAAGUCAGUCUAAGAGCUGACAAUUGCAUUACUGAGUUGGGUUGCAUAUACUAGAAAUCGUCUACUUCGGCUGGACAACGUAUAUAGACCGAUGAUACCCUGUUAAAUAUGAAUUCACAUACCCAAGGAUUAGGA